CGUACGCGGGGAGGGGGCGCGCGCCGGAGCGGUUCCGGGCGAUGGGUUUCGCUCCUUGCGGGCGUGCUGGUUUCCUCCUUGUGCUUCUCGGCCUCUGUGCGGCGGCCGGCUCGUGCUCGGCGCAGCUCCCGCCGCCGGAGAUGCUGCACGAGAGCUUCGCGGGGAAGUCCGAGUUCAGGACGGUCAACCGGAGGCCGCUGGAGUCGUGCCUGAACCCGAGCCCGUACCUGUCCAUCAAUGUCACCACCGCCGGCCCGCUGCCCGACGAGGCGUUCGUCAACGUCACCGUCGGCGGCGUCUUCAGGCCCCGCGGCUCGCACUGGGUCGCCAUGAUCACGCCUUCAAACUCCAGCGUUUCCGGGUGUCCACUGAGCGGCGUGAACUAUUUCGAGACCGGCGACACGGCGAAGCUCCCUCUCCUGUGCCACUACCCUGUGAAGGCCCAGCGGGUGAAGAGCGACCCGGGCUACCUCGGGUGCAAGAAGGCGGCGUGCCAGAAGCGGGACGCGUCGGGCGGCUGCCAGGUCCGGACGUGCGGCGCCACGCUGACGUUCCACGUCGUCAACUUCCGCACGGACGUGGAGUUCGUCUUCUUCGCCGGCGGGUUCCAGACGCCGUGCCUCCUCAAGCGCUCCGGCGUCCUCCGCUUCGCCAACCCGGCCAAGCCGCUCAACGGCCACCUCUCCAGCACCGACUCCUCCGCCACCUCGAUGAAGAUCACGUGGGUGAGCGGCGACGGGAGGCCGCAGCAGGUUCAGUACGCAGGGGGCAGGGCGGCUGCCUCCGUCGCCACGACCUUCACGCAGAAGGACAUGUGCAGUGCGCCCCUGUUGCCGAGCCCGGCCAAGGAUUUCGGGUGGCACGACCCCGGCUACAUCCAUUCGGCCGUCAUGACCGGCCUCCAGCCUUCUCAGUCCUAUGCCUAUCGCUAUGGAAGUGAUUCUGUGGGUUGGAGUGACACUGUCAAGCUUAGAACCCCUCCAGCUGCAGGGUCGGACGAGACGUCCUUUGUGGUCUAUGGCGACAUGGGGAAGGCUCCACUAGACCCGUCGGUGGAACACUAUAUUCAGCCGGGAUCGAUCGCUGUGACCAAAGCAGUCGCCAAGGAGAUGCAGACCGGGAAGGUCGACUCCAUCUUCCACAUCGGAGACAUCAGCUACGCCACGGGGUUUCUGGUGGAGUGGGACUUCUUCCUCCACCUCAUCAGGCCGCUCGCUUCUCAGGUCUCCUACAUGACCGCCAUCGGCAACCACGAGAGGGAUUAUGCAGGGUCUGGGUCUGUGUACGAGACACCGGACUCCGGCGGAGAAUGCGGCGUCGCGUACGAGACCUACUUCCCCAUGCCCGCUGCCGGCAAGGACAAGCCGUGGUAUUCCAUCGAGCAAGGCAGCCGUGGAAAUUCAUAA